AUGAUCAGACUACAAGUCAGAAUCAUACCUGCUAGUCAGGCUGAUAAUGAAGUAUCCUCACGGGUUAGUAGACCAUCGAAUUUUGGACCUAGCUCCUAUCAUUUGCAAAGCUCGACGCCAAAUGCCUCAGUGAAAUCCUUUUCAAAUAAUGAUGACGAUACUUAUGGAUUUCUUCAUUUGGUCACUCCAUCUGAGCUGUUGAAAACUGUUCGAGACAGUAUCGUUAACAGAUUUGCAAAAAUUUAUCCGGAAGAGGGUCCUUUAUUUAUCGAGCGUCUUCAAGACUCGUCAGGACUGGAUUUAGACCCUGAUUACAAGGUUGGUGAUGUAUUUGCUGACCGUGACGACCUUUUUGUUAUAUUACAAGAACCAGUUACAAGAAACGAUAUCUUACAAUCCAACGUCUCGGUUGCCGAUGAGCCAUCACUCAAGCGACGCGCUGAAGAUGACAGUAAUAGUAGCAUUGUCCUGCGUCCUACCAAAUCUCGUAAACGCAAGAGUUCUAUUUGGAUGACUCCUUCAAAUAAUGCUGCUGACAUUUCGUCAUUAUCACACACUCCGGUGCCUGUUCUUUCUAGCGGUACUCCGGCGUCACACUUGAAUGUUGCACCACAACUUUCAGAGUCAAAUGGCUCGCCUCGUGUUAGACGUCGGCCCUCUUUGGACUUAAUGGCCAAACCUUCUGCUGCUGAAAUCCCUGAUUCUGACGUAGAUGAGGAAGCUCAUGAAGGAAAUCUCAGCUUACCUCCACCAUCGAAUGAGGCAUAUGCCAAUGCUGACCCUCUUAAACCAGUUUCUCCUAGCGCCAACCUGAAUGGCUCCAAGAAUAUACUGAAUUUGGAGAGUGACAAGGUACAAUUGCUCCCUCCAACACCAGCCAAGAAAUCUCCUAUAGCUGGUAAGAAACGGGCACCUCAAUCUGAACUACAGUUGACACCUGAAAUUACUGUCAAGGCAGCCGAACAGGCUGAAGCUGUUCUAGAGGUAGCUUCAAGUCAACCAAGCCAGGAUGAGGCAAGUAUCACGCAAGAGUCAGAUGACAAAAUUGAAACUGGAUUACAGCCAAUUGCUGGAACCCCUACCGGCAGCCAGCCAAAAGCUAAACGUCAAAGAGCCAAAGCCACAGAGAAGAAAAUUCAAGACACUCUCAUUAAUGCUACAGAGACAAAGGGUGUAGAAGUUUCUCCUAUUAGUGGUCUCACUCGAAAAGAACAGGCUCAAGAAGCAAAACGUCUCAGAGAAGAGGCCAAGAAGCUCAAACAGCUCGAAGCUCAAAAGAAAAAAGAAGAGCAGCUAAAGAAGAAGGAGCUUCAAGCCCAGAGAAAAAGGGAACUGGAAGCCCAAAAAUCAGCUAAAGCAGCAGAGUUGAGAGAAUUGCAAAGGAAAAAGGCUCUUGAAGAACUUGAAAAGCUUGGCGAGGAGAAUAGACGUAAAAGGGAAGAAGAGAGGUUGAAACAGCAAGAGCAGCAACAACGGGAGCAAAAGGACGAAACAAAUCCUAGUCAAGAUGAUAUAAUCGAGACUGAAAAUUCAGACGACGGUGCCAAGGGCAAGAAACGACCUUCUGCUGAGACUUUACGACGAAACCAACAGCGUUUGGAGGCCAAUCGAAAAAGUAUGGAGAAGUUCCACAAUGCUGUUAAUAGUCUAGAAAAGGAUGCUGAUGGUUCAGCUGCUGUUCCUGAGGCCAGCGUAGAACCACCAACCCAGUCAGAGGAACCACCUAAGAGGAAAAGAGGUAGACCACCCAAGAAGAAGGUAGAAGUUCAACCAGAGACUGUGAAACCUGUCUCGCCUGUGAAGCCAGAUGUAGUUCCAACUGCUGCCAAGAUAAAUGGUUCUCAAGGGUCUACGAAUGACAAACAGGAGAACAAGCAAGAGGAACCUAAUGAUAACGAGGAGGAUGACGAUGAGCAAGAAGAGGGGCAAAAAAUAAAACCAGUGACUAAUCAGCGAUCUCAAGGUAAUACAGCAGCUCGCUAUGCUCAAAGACUACUUCGUGACGAUUCUAAUUCAGAUUCAUCGAGUGCGGAUGAAUUAUCUGACGGAGACUCUGACUUAUCAGAUAGCCCGGCCCCGGUAAAGAGGCCCCGUAUUGUUCCUACACCUUCAUCUGCAAAACUAGUAACAGCAAAUGGAAAUGGACGAGCUACUGGUUCUCAAUCGCAGGCUUCACCAGCUCCAAACCCUGUUCGCACCACUAUGCCUCAACCGCACCCCAGUGCCGUUAGAACCUCCUCUGCUACCCCCAGUAGUCCAAAUCCAGCUCCACAGACAAGGCUCACUGGUCUCAACUUGUUGAGUUCUUUGGCUUCACAAGCGAUUCCUGACGUUCGGGAGAGAGUCACUGGAGUCCUGCCAGUUGCACCAAAGGUCAAUUCUAAACCCAGUCAGCCUAAAGAAGAUACUGACUCAGAUUCGAAUUCGGAUUCGGACUCGGAUUCUGACUCGGAUUCAAAUUCCGACUCUGACGCAGAGUCAGAUGGUGAGGAAACCAAUGGAAUCCCUCUCUCCAAGAUGGCAAGCAAGACUAAGCAGCCUAAAAAGAAGAAGAGAAACACUGGUUUUAUGGGUCUCAUGAAAGAUGCUUUUGCUGGCAGUGUGAAGUCCCGUUGA